AUGGACCCCAACCAACUUACCCCUGUUCCUGGCAACCCUAACAUCCGAUAUGACAGGUUUGGGUGGCCAUAUGUCCAAGAUGUCUCUGGUCAUUGGGUUCAGUUAUACGCGCCAACCAUGGUGACUUCUCAGUCUGUCCCUACUGCAACUCAUGGAUUUCCUGCUGUGUCCCAGAACGAAACUGCCCCGACUCACCCCCAUAAUAACAUGGAGGAUGGUCCAAACCAACUGCUUUCUGAGGCUCUUGUGAUUGUUACAUCCACUCGAGCCCCGACAGCCGGCCCUUCUACUGCAGUGAUCGAUCCGGCGCUUUUACCUCUUCCUGAGGUCUUGGACGACGACCUCUCUGACCCGGUCACAAUUGUGAAGUCCCGGGGCCAUGCCGCUGCGAAGAAGGUCGCUGGAUCACGUCAGAAGGGCAAGGGCAAACAGCGCGCUGUACUAACCAAGUCUCGCAAUAAGGGAAAGGAGAAGGCCACCGCUCGCAAGCGCAGGCAUGCCUCGGAUGAUGAAGAAGUUGAGGUAGUAGCCAAGCGUGGCCGUCCCAAGGGUGCUGGCAACUACACUGCAGACGAGGUUGAUGCCCUCCUUGACUUUGUCGAGGAGGAGCUCCCUCUUGGCCAACGCGGGUGGCAGUCCAUCCACUGUGGUUUCACUCGCUGGGCUCGUCGUAACGAUGCUGCUGAACGCACGUUAAAGUCUCUGGAGACCAAGUUCAAACAGCUUGUUAAGACCACGAAGCCCACUGGUGAUGCCUAUUGUCCCCUGGACGUCAAACGAGCACACAAGAUUGACGGGCGUAUCAACGAGAGGGCUGCCACCCGCAAUCUCAACGACUCCGACUUCGAUGAUGCUGCUCAGUUGACUGGUGGAUCUGAAGAUGACGAUGACGAUGCCGACGACAUCCCAGAGGCGCCAAAGAAAUCGAGGAAGGCGGCAUCCGCUGGCAACUGUGAUAUCCAGAAUGCUAUCAUCCGCCACCUGACCCCGCUGUCCAGCGCCGCUCUCGGUCAAACAAUGUCGACCUCAUCGGAAAGCUUGCCAAUGCCUUUGAUCCGAGUGUCCAACAAGCUCCAACUUCGAGAUGCCAACCUUACCAUUGAGUCGCUCCGCUCCCAGCUCUCUACUCUCCAGACCCAGGUUCAUGAGGCCCAGAGGAGCUGCCACAAUGGGUAUGUCAAGCGCUCGAAGUCCACAAAGCAUUCAGUCCAGCGUGUCCAGGGAAAGAUGCGUUGCGAGGAGAGGUACCCGGAGGGAGGUAUACACAUGUACUGGGUCACGGAUCCCUCCUCUACCUCGGGUGAGAGUGAUAAGGAGAACGAGGACCCCAAUUUCUUCCGUCGCCGCUGUGACAUUGACUAUAGAGACCAGCCUUCGUCAUCGUCGUCGUCAGGCCAUCACUUUGGCAUAGAGUUGCAAGCUUUGACUACUUCCCAGCCCAAUGCUGCCACUGCCACAGCUGGCAAGGACCAAGAUGGUGAGGAGGGUGACAAUGACGAUAUAUACAUCAAGGAUGCUGAUGGGCCCAAGGACGAGUAG